AUGACAGCUGGUGCUAACAUCAAGCAUCCUGGGAGUGAAGAGGAGUUGGAAGUGCAAGUGCCAGGGACACGCAAAACGAAGGGGAGGAAAGUAAUCCCAGUGAAGACGCCAGUGAGAAAUGUGAUUGAAGCAGCAGGCCUUAUCGAUGAAUCAAAAGAGACACAUGAUUAUGAUAACCAAGUGUCUGAUGUCCCCAUACUGGCCCCUAAAAAAUUCCAACUUUCUGGGCAUAUCCCGGACUGGGGAUCAAGCAUUCCCACUGGUGGUUCAAAGCCGUCCUCCAAUGCCAGACCUUCUGCAGCGUCUUCCAUCCAGGAGUCCACUAUCUCUAGUUCUGCUCCCUCCUCUAAGCUCACCAGGGGAACCACUAUCAGUAGCAGCAGUGCCCCACUCACGUCCAUCAGUAGCAAUUUUGAUGCUGGGGCUGACAAAUUGACAGGUCUUGCUAUUUCUACCCUGUUUGAUGACAAUGAUUUAGAUGAAUCAGGCAUCAAGAUUUCUCCCAAUGUCCCUGGCACUGCAGUGCCCACAAACUUAGCCCAACACAAUGCCAAUCUGGCACCCAAGCAGCUUGACGUGAUCGAACCUGACAUUGCCAAUGAUGGUACCUUCAUGAUUUCAAACAAUGAUUUUGAAAUGGACACCGAGGCACCUGCACAGGCUCCCCUAGCUCCCCUGAUUUACUAUGAAUCCAACUCAGAUACAGAUUCUGAUCUCGAACCUCCUCCUUCUGCACAGGUUCCCAAAGGAUAUUAUGAUGCUGACCCAUGGCCUCCACCUCUUGCCCAAGCCCACACAUCCCACCCUACCAUUCCAGCAACACGUGUAAAGCGGAAAUUCACAGAUAUCGAGGACACAGAUAUUGAGGACAACCUGCUUGAGGACGACCCUAUGAUCGAGGAUGACCUUGUCAUUGAGGAUGACUUGCUCUCCUCAUCCAAAGUUGAAUUUUUUGGUCACCACAAGAAGACCAUGGUCAAGACUGAACCCAAACCUGUGUCCUUGCGGGUAACGUCUGGGGUAACUGGUGUCGGUGUCAAUCACAAAGCCCCCAUGGCAAAGAGGCCAAAGCCCUCCAUUAAAAACAUUCAGAGUGUUUCCAGUAUCACAACCACCAAAAUACCUGAUCCCACAAACCCUGAAGAGGUUAUAGUGGAGAUUCUCCCCUGCUCUCAUUACAGGAUCACACACCUUCCUGGAGAUUCUUGGCACCUGUGA